CUUCAGUUAAUAAUUUAAUCUCCUUUUUGAAACAAUAUAUAUAUUUGUCCCCUUCUAUUCUUCCAAACUCCAUUCAACCUAUACUAUAUGCCCCAUAAACCAACAAUGUCUAAGCUACUCAUCUUUCACUCAUUUUUGUUCUUAUUCACAUUAAUUCUACAUGUUUCAUUUGCAGAUAAUAAUAACAAACCAAACCCAUUUUCAGCAAAAGCUUCAUUGAUACGUUACUGGAACACCCACAUUUCCAACAACCAUCCUAAGCCAUCAUUCCUCCUCUCCAAAGCUUCACCUCUCAACGCCAUUGAUACCGCGGUAUUCACAAAACUUGUUGCCGAACACGCCCUUAACACCCGCCUCACCUCCUUCUGCUCCGCUGCAAACUUGUAUUGCGAUUUCGAUACGUCGCUACAAGACCAAAUUAACCGCCCAGCACCACCUCGCAAGGAAGACGCUAAUUUUAUGUCCUACACAAAUAAGCAGUUCACAACUUAUGGUAGGUCCCGUGGUGGUGGGGUUGACUCAUUCAAGAACUACUCAGAUAAUAUCAACAUGCCUGUUAACUCGUUCACUCGGUACAGUUCUAACUCAGCAGGUCACGGUGAAAAGUUUGCCAACUACGCCGACAAUGGUAAUGUGGCUAACGACAGCUUCAUGAGUUAUGGAGCAGGUGGAACAGGUGGGUUAGGUGAGUUCAAGAAUUACGAGUCAAAUGUAAAUGUUCCUAAUCUACAUUUUAGUAGUUACAGUGCAAGUGGUAACAACCACAAGCAAUCAUUUGGUUCUUAUGCUGAGGAUACCAACUCUGGGACCCAGGUUUUUACCUCGUAUGGUAAAAACGGGAAUGGGGUCCCUACGGAGUUUAACAGUUAUGCUAAAUCUUCUAAUAUUGUUGGGUCGACUUUUGCCAGCUAUGGUCAAUUGGCUAAUGCAGCCAAUGAUUCUUUUAAAGGUUAUGGGGGUAGUGCGAAUAACCCUCAUAAUACGUUUAAGAAUUAUGGUUCAAAAGUAAGUUCGGGGGUUGAGGGGUUCGAAAAUUAUAGAGAGGGUGCUAAUGUUGGGGAUGAUACUUUUCAAAAUUACUUGAGAGAUUCAACUUCUACCAAGGCAAGUUUUGUGAAUUAUGGUAAGUCUUUUAAUCAAGGGAUUGAUAAAUUUAAGGGGUAUGGUAAGGGUGCUGUUAAUCGUCACAUAGAUUUUAAGGGUUAUGGUGUCAAUAACUCCUUUAGUGGGUACGAUAAUAAUAAGAAGGGGAUUAACUUUAGUGGAUACACUCAAAGUGCUCCUAUGGAUGGUAGUGUGGUAAAUAAGUGGGUUGAGGAGGGUAAAUUUUUUAGAGAAUCAAUGUUAAAACCUGGGACAGUUAUGAAGAUGCCUAAUAUUGAAGAUAAGAUGCCUAAAAGGUCGUUUUUACCCCGGGUUUUAUCAUCAAAAUUACCAUUUUCGACAUCGAAGCUAGUGGAGUUAAGGGGAACUUUCAAGGCUAAGGUGAACUCCACACUAGAACGUGUGAUUGUAAAUGCACUAGGUGAAUGUGAGAGGCCACCUAGUCAAGGUGAAACCAAAAAAUGUGUUGCUUCGGUAGAAGACAUGAUAGAUUUUGCAAUUUCUGUAUUGGGUGACAAUGUAGUAGUCCGGACCACGGAAAAUGUACACGGAUCAGGUAAACAGGUCGUGAUCGGAUUAGUACGAGGGAUUAAUGGUGGUAAGGUGACAAAGUCAGUGUCAUGUCACCAAAGUUUGUUGCCUUAUUUACUUUACUAUUGUCACUCUGUCCCCAAAGUUAGAGUUUAUGAGGCAGAUAUAUUAGACAUGGAAAACAAAAGUAAGAUAAAUCAAGGUGUUGCAAUUUGUCAUCUUGAUACUUCAGCUUGGAGUGCAGGGCAUGGAGCCUUUUUAACAUUGGGUUCCGGGCCGGGUCUAAUCGAGGUUUGCCAUUGGAUCUUUGAAAAUGAUAUGACUUGGGCUGUUGCAGAUUAAAGUAAAAAGAAUGGUGGAUAAAGUUAUUUUUGUUGCAUUCUAAAUCUUUUAUGAUUUGUAUUAUGAUCUUAACUAAAAGAGAUCCGAUUUAUGUUAUCUAGAAAUGGAGCAAUUCAAUUAUUGUUAAUUUGUUAUUUAGUUAAUAUUAACGAGAAUGAUUGUGUUUGGAAAUUA